AUAGCAUGAUACUGCUCGCAGUUUCAGUAAGGUUUCUUCAACUGCUUUCUUCUAAGGCUAUUUAAAAUGUUGAGAAAUAGUGAACCGCUAAAGUGGGCUACUUUUCAGCGCUUCUCACGACUUUAGGACAACGUGUGGAACGUAAUGGGAGACAUUAAGAAGGGGAAAAAGGUGUUUGUCCAGAAGUGUUCCCAGUGCCACACUGUGGAUGAGGGCGGACGACAUAAGGUGGGACCCAACCUGUGGGGUCUGUUUGGCAGGAAGACAGGACAGUCACCUGGUUACUCCUACACACAGGCUAACAUUAAAAAGGGCAUUGUGUGGGAGGAGGACACUCUGAUGGUGUAUCUACAGAACCCCAAGAAAUACAUCCCUGGCACCAAGAUGAUUUUCUCUGGCAUCAAGAAGAAGAGAGAGAGACAGGACAUAGUGGCCUAUUUAAAGGAUGCCACCUCCUAGUGGGCCACGCAAUCACACACACAUUUACAUUUAGUCGUUUUUUUAGCAGACGCUCUUAUCCAGAGCGACUUACAGUAAGUACAGGGAUAUUCCCACCGAAGCAAGUAGGGUGAAGUGCCUUGCCCAAGGACACAACAUCAUUUUGCACGGCUGGGAAUCGAACUGGCAACCUUCAGAUUACGAGCCCGACUGCCUCACACAUAACAUAUCUUAUAACACAGAAACACUCCUUAGACAAACUGGUACCUGGUAUUCCUCAGACAUGACUAACACACACGCACAUUCAUACAGACACUCACAUUUGGCUCACGAGAGGAUUCUCAACUCUUCCUUAUUUAUUCCUCUUUAAGGUAGUUUUGUACUAUUUGUUACAACCAUGUGUGCUUCUUUUGUGCUGGUAUGCUGUAAUUUUUACAUAUUUGUAAUUGUUUUUUG